CGGCCGGAGGGGUCCGGGUCAACGUUGCAGACGGUAGCGUACCAACGUUCCGGCCGCAGGGCAGGCCGGCCGGAUACGUCUCGUCCCCAACGUUCCGGCCGGCCCUCCACCCUGCCCCUGCGUCCCCCAGCGGUGCACCCGGAGCAUCCCAUCGCCCGUUCCAACGUGCCGGCCGGAGGGCUGUCCGGCCGGGCACCUCUCAUCCACAACGUUCCGGCCGGCCUGCACCCUGCCCCUGCGUCCCCCAGCGGUGCACCCGGAGCAUCCCAUCCCCCGUUCCAACGUGCCGGCCGGAGGGCUGUCCGGCCGGGCACCUCUCAUCCACAACGUUCCGGCCGGCCUGCACCCUGCCCAUGUGUCCCCCAGCGGUGCACCCGGAGCACCCCAUCCCCCGUUCCAACGUGCCGGCCGGAGGGCUGUCCGGCCGGGCACCUCUCAUCCACAACGUUCCGGCCGGCCUGCACCCUGCCCCUGCGUCCCCCAGCGGUGCACCCGGAGCAUCCCAUCCCCCGUUCCAACGUGCCGGCCGGAGGGCUGUCCGGCCGGGCACCUCUCAUCCACAACGUUCCGGCGGGCCUGCACCCUGCCCAUGUGUCCCCCAGCGGUGCACCCGGAGCACCCCAUCCCCCGUUCCAACGUGCCGGCCGGAGGGCUGUCCGGCCGGGCACCUCUCGUCUCCAACGUUUCGGCCGGCCCUCCACCCUGCCCCUGCGUCCCCCAGCGGUGCACCCGGAGCAUCCCAUCGCCCGUUCCAACGUGCCGGCCGGAGGGCUGUCCGGCCGGGCACCUCUCAUCCACAACGUUCCGGCCGGCCUGCACCCUGCCCCUGCGUCCCCCAGCGGUGCACCCGGAGCAUCCCAUCCCCCGUUCCAACGUGCCGGCCGGAGGGCUGUCCGGCCGGGCACCUCUCAUCCACAACGUUCCGGCCGGCCUGCACCCUGCCCCUGCGUCCCCCAGCGGUGCACCCGGAGCAUCCCAUCCCCCGUUCCAACGUGCCGGCCGGAGGGCUGUCCGGCCGGGCACCUCUCAUCCACAACGUUCCGGCCGGCCUGCACCCUGCCCAUGUGUCCCCCAGCGGUGCACCCGUAG